GCGCUAUAAAAUGAGCUGCACGGCGGCGGCUGCUCUUCGCCCCUCGGAGCUGGAAAUGCAACUCUCGGGAUCCUCGGAGGCUACCGAGCUGGAGGCGGAGGCGGCUGGGGAGGUGCGAGCGAUGUGACCAGGCCGCCAUCCAUCGCUCGUCCCCCAUCUCUCUUUCUCUCUCUCUCUCCCGCCGCCUCCUCCUGGCUUGAGAAUAACUUUUUUUUUACUCUAAAAAGAAAGAAAGGAAAAAAAAAAAUCCCCUCGAACCAUAGCCGUCCGCGCCUCGCGCCCUCGCUUCCUUCUCGGCCGUCGGGUCUAGGCGGGAGCCCGGGGUGGCCGCUCCGCCGAGCCCCGGGCCGCCCCGGGCCACCCCCAACCACCCCAUCCCCUCGUCCGCCGCCCCCAUGCAUCCCUUCUACACCCGGGCCGCCACCAUGAUAGGCGAGAUCGCCGCCGCGGUGUCCUUCAUCUCCAAGUUCCUCCGCACCAAGGGGCUCACGAGCGAGCGGCAGCUGCAGACCUUCAGCCAGAGCCUGCAGGAACUGCUGGCAGAACAUUACAAACAUCACUGGUUCCCAGAAAAGCCGUGCAAGGGAUCAGGUUACCGCUGCAUCCGCAUCAACCAUAAGAUGGACCCUCUGAUUGGACAGGCAGCCCAGCGGAUUGGACUUAGCAGUCAAGAGUUGUUCAGGCUUCUCCCAAGCGAACUCACACUCUGGGUGGACCCCUACGAAGUGUCCUACCGGAUUGGAGAGGACGGCUCCAUCUGUGUGCUGUAUGAGGCCUCGCCAGCAGGAGGUAGCACUCCGAACACCAGCGGGAACGUGCAAAUGGUAGACAGCAGGAUCAGCUGUAAGGAGGAACUUCUCUUGGGCAGAACAAGCCCUUCCAAAAACUACAAUAUGAUGACUGUAUCAGGUUAAGACACAGUCUAUGGAUGGAUCAUCUUAUAAUGGAUGGAUAAAUUUGAUUUUUUGCUUUGGGUGGGCUCCUCUUGGGGAUGGAUUAUGGAAUUUAAACCAUGUCACAGCUGUGAAGAUCUGGCACAAGAUAGAGUGGUAAUAAUUCUUUUUUUUUUUUUUUUUUAAAGUGACAGUGCCAUAGUUUGGACAGUACCUUUCAGUGAUUUAAAUAGCCUGUGAGUCCAAGUAAAAGGAUCACUUUAUUUGCUAGGGAGUGAAGUCACAGGGUGGUUUCAGUUUCUCCCAGACCUUAGACCCAGUUUGUCCCAUCAGUCCCUCUAAGGAAAAAUCUGUAUUUCAAAGAACCCUCCUCCUCUGCAGUCAGCCUUGCAGGGGAAUUUGCACUAUUACACUUGAAAGUUAUCCGUAACUUUUUUUUGGCAGCUCACUAGGGAAGUUCAAUGUUGUAAGCAUGGUAGUACUGGAACUCUUACAUGGAGACUUUUUCCUAGCACUUAAAUGUAUAAAUGUACAUAAAGACAAACCUAGUACGCAUGACCCGGGGAAAAUGGUCAGACCUUGUAUUGUGUUUUUGGCUUUGAAAAGUAGCAAGUGACCAGAAUCUGCCGUGGCAACAGGCUUUUAAAAGACCCUUUAAAAAAAAAAAAAGACACUGUCUCAACUGUGGUUGUUAGCACCAGCCAGCUCUCUGUACAUUUGCUAGCUUGUAGUUUUCUAAGACUGACUAAACUUCUUAUUUUUAGAAAGUGGAGGUCUGGUUUGUAACUUUCCUUGUACUUACUUGGGUAAAAGUCUUUUCCACAAACCACCAUCUAUUUUGUGAACCUUGUUAGACAUCUUUUCUUCGGUAAAUUAUGAACUGGUGUAAAUUUGUACAGUUCAUGUAUAUUGAUUGUGGCAAAGUUGUACAGAUUUCUAUAUUUUGGAUGAGAAAUUUUUCUUCUCUCUAUAAUAAAUUGUUUCUUAUCUUGGCAUUUUAA